CACCCAUUUUGACCAUUGUCCCUGUACCACAUGUCCUCUUCACCCCUUGCUGCUCUCCCCUGUGCUAGUCGUCAUGGCCGCUCUCAUCAUGUAUUCCACACUCGCUCUCCAGCCGCACAUAGCCGGCUGGCUGGAGAGGACCAAGGCUCGACGGGACUCUCGCGCUCGUGGAGACCCAGACCUCGCCACGCCUAGCGCUGCUAGUCGAAUUGCAACCAGUCUGUCUUUUGGCAAGAGUCGCAAAGGCAAAGGAAAGCAGAGAGACACUUCUGCAGGUUCAGCUCCCGGAGACGAAGUUGCUCUCGAUGCUGCUACCGUGUUACAUACGCUGCUCCUGCUCUUGCUUGUCAAGAAGAUCAAGACGGACAUAAGGGGGGAUGCCAAUCCGAGCGAGGAUCAUGGGCGCGUCAGGUCGACUACUCCACCGUCUAGUAGUAAGCCUGCAGAAGAAAGCGACUACACUGCGGCUCCAUCGGUACCGGCUCCUCCAGACGAGGAUGUACCCCCUCAGUACUCGCUUGCCGAUCCAGUGGAUGCAGCUGCCGAAGCUAGCUCAGCAGUCGUCUCUGACCCGGACGUAGCUUGGCGUCUCUAUCUAACAAAAGCUCUUUCCCGGCUCGAGCUCUUUUGUCUAGAGAUUCUUCCUGUGGCUUCUCAGUUCGUACAAGGAUCGAGGACAAGUGAAAGGAGUCACUGCAUUGGCGACUCACAGAAGAAACUGCCCGAUUCCGUGAUCCCUCCUCUUGACGUUUGCAUCGCUUGGGCAGCCCUGCUAGGGAACUCGAUGGACAUGUCUGUUCUCUCCAUGACUGGCUCAUUCGCUAGACUGAGAGAUUGGCACCUUCCUCUCGCUGCCAUUGCUGCUGUGCACGCUCGUUCGGACGGCGCUCAAGGGGCAGCGGAGAAGCUUCGCAGCCUGUGGACUCAGAGCACCUCAACACCCUUCCAUCUUCAGAGUGGUGCGUCGUCUCAGGACAAAGGAAACGGCUGGAUGGGCGAAAGUGACCUCUUGUCUGGAGGGCUGCGAGUCUGUUGCCCGGCCCCCACGUGUUCCUUCUCAGCCCGAGUCCCCUUUAUUGGAGAGGCGGGCAGCGAAACUUCAAGGUCACGACGCGGUCUCGUAGACUCGAAGUGGCGACGCAAGUGCCAAUCGUGUGGACAGACUGUCUCGCUUGAUACGCUGGUGGGACGCAAGCUCAUAGCCGAUGUACAGAGGUGGUGCGAUGCUUCCUCAAGCUCCUACGACGAGGUCGCCUUCGCAGGCCUGCUCUCUGUCAACGAAGGCCAAGCGGCGGAGGAUGUGCAUCGCCCACAAGUUCUUGCCAGUCAGAUUCUCUCGCCUCUUUUCUCCCCUGCCCUCUCCCGCGAGAGAGUGAGGAGGAAUGAAGCUCUUGAGGCCUCGGGCUCUCUGGGCAGCAAUGGUCCUGCCUCUUCCAAUUCACUCGGUGCAGCAAUGCGUACCGCCGCUGUGAACACGAUUGCUACUUCCCCUCAACCGCUAGGCGCCUCGCUCUCCUACUCCUAUGCAAGCAUCGAGACGUGGCUUCUGGAGAGUACACUAUUGGUCAAUCCACUCCCCGCUCUCGCCGGAUCUGCAGCGGGGGAGGCUGCUCCAAUGGACCAGUACAGCUCCACACCCGACCGCGUCGGUGGCGGCUUUUCGGCUUCUGGUGCCAAUUUCAAUAUGGACAAUCCAUACGAAGAGGAAGGCGCAAAAUUGGGCGUGGUGCAAAUCAGGGAGAAGCGGGCGAGGCUGGUGAGAUACGUGCAUGCGCUUCUAGAGCCUUACAAGAGCCUCGCAGAAAACGGUAUGCCUAGUGUCAGAAAUACGGCAGAGGCAGAUGAAGGGGCAGAGGAGUGGACGGACGUAGUGCCCAGGCUGGACAGGCAGGUCACUUCAUUGGCUCGUCUGGGUUCAGAGGUGGAAAAGUGGCGAGAGCAGGUGACAGUCGAGGAAGGUCAAGUAUCGGGCUCCGAAAGCGCGGUGAAUCAAGGAGCGGCUGGAAAGGGACUAUCCAUUGGAGACGGCAAUAGAAAGAGCAACCACAAGGAGAGCCGGACUGCAGAGGAGCACUCCACCCCUGCACUUUCUGGCGAUCCGAAGCCACCAAGUAUCUCGACGCUGAUCCUGACCUCGUACCUCACGGCGCUCUCGGAGCUCAAGUCGGAUGGGUCCGACUGGUCCAGCCAAGACGCAGAGGACGUCUUGAAUGGCGCAGGCACGCCCAUUGAGGUGCGCGUGGGGAGGCUGGCGCACGAGCUCAGCAGGACGAGGUGCACCAGAGCGACGAGGACAGUGUGAUUGAAGAAAUGAUGCGGAGGCGCUCGACUGAUCCGCGGCAAGCCCUGCUUGGCAGGUUAGAUGAAAUCUCUGCUUGUAGAGACCUUGUUAUUGCGCAGUGCAUUUGUAUUUGAACUUGCUUCUCGCAGAUGAAUUUGAUUGCUCGCUGCGCCAGCCUUGCGAGCUACCUUGUGCUUAUGUUUUGCAAAGUCGGCCAGCCAUCUUGGAUCUGGCCGGGGUAUAUAGCGUCUAGUUCGUUGUUCAUCGUGAAGACCCUCUCAUUUUCACUCUCUCUUCAGACUUGAGCGGUUGCAGGUUGUGCUGGUGCCGUAGCUUCUGUCUGCUCAUCCAUCGUAACAUUUUCUCCCUUAUCCCCUUGUUGUUGCAGCUGCAGCUGUGCCUGCUUCAUCUGUUCCCUCUGUCUUGCCCUCUCUCCCCUAUCCACUCCCACACCAGCUC